GAACAUUGUCAUUUCGGACGGUCAUACGAUAUUCGCAGAGUUUGUUAGUAGUUUUUGACUUAUUCAUGGUGCUUCGUAAUACUUCAAUUCAAGUUUUCCGGUACAAAUUGAUUAAUAUUUAUUAGAUUUUGUGUUAUUUUGUGAAGAAAGUGGUCCAAUAAGAGUCUCUUUUUGAGGUUUUGUUACAUUUAAACUGUUACUGUGUUGUGUUCGAGUGUUUUCCUUGUAAGGAAAAUUGUUAAUCUUGAUUGUCCCAGCACUAUGAAGCUGGAAUGGGCCGAGAGCGAGUCGGACUAUGGUCUGGAGGAAGCCGCGUUUUACGAAGGGCCGCCCGUUGUAGCGCCGCCCCCCACCAAACAUGUCUCCUUCAGCCUGCGACUUGACCUGUGCGAUGAGGGUGGCGGUGCUGCGGACAGCAUCAAGACUGAGCCACCGGAGCCCGAAGAGCCGCGAGCUAUGCAGAAAGUGCCAUCACUCUCGGACCUUUCAGACCCUGAGGCUUCUCUAGACAUCCCGUCACAGGUGCCGCCAUUGACGCCAGGCACCAACAAGAAGAUGGCCGAGGCGCUGAAGGCUACCUUCGCCUCCUGGGAGAAGGAGCAACUGCGCCUCGGCGUACCGAAAGACCCUCGCCAAUGGAACGAGGCGGCGGUGGCAGCGUGGCUGCGGUGGGCAGCCCGGGAGUUCUCCCUGGAAGGCGUUGCCCUGCAACAGUUUGCCCGCACCCAGGGCAAGGACAUCUGCGCCAUGGGACGCGAAGAGUUUGUCGCACGCGCACCUGCCUUCAUGGGAGAUAUCCUUUGGGAACAUCUCGAGAUAUUACAGAAAGAUGUAGAGAAGGAGCGUUCGUUGCUGGCCAACGUACCCCCGAAUAUGUACGAGAGCAACGUUUGCCUGCCCGAGCCCCCAGAGUACAAUAUCCCGCCACCUGCACACCACUACAACAACAACAACAACAAUACCGGCGGCUACACUACUGGCGGUCCUCGCGAGACGAACGCCUACGGGUACUCGGAACCGAGCGGUGGAGCUGCGCCCGCACCAACAGCGGGUUCCCCCCUCGACGAGUACUACCCCCCGGAGUACCCACCCGGCCCUCCUGCGCCCCCAGCGCAGCCCUACAUCGACGAAUACUACCAUCAUGCGCACGCGCACUCCCAGCCGUUACUCACACACGAGCCCAAAUACCAGCCCCAUGCAUACAGCAAGCCUUAUCCCAGAGGCGCUGGCGGCCGAUACGGUGGCGAGGGUUAUGGCGAGAGCUACGUACAAGAGUACGGUGGCGCAUGCGCAGAAUGGAACGAGUGGCCUGCAGACCAGCACGCACUCAUUCCCCAGGACAAGCUCCCGUACCCUGCUACAGGACCCUGCUUCACCGGAUCAGGGCCGAUACAACUUUGGCAGUUCUUGUUGGAGCUGUUGACUGACAAAAGUUGCCAGGGAUUCAUCUCGUGGACUGGUGACGGCUGGGAGUUCAAACUCACCGACCCUGAUGAGGUGGCUCGGCGUUGGGGCAUCCGCAAAAACAAGCCGAAGAUGAACUAUGAGAAACUGUCCCGUGGACUGCGCUACUACUACGACAAGAACAUCAUCCACAAGACGGCUGGCAAACGUUACGUGUACCGCUUCGUGUGUGACCUGCAGAGCUUGUUAGGCAUCUCACCUGAGCAACUGCACGCAAUGUAUGAACCCAAAAUGGAGAAGAAAGACGAGGACUGAAGGAGGCCCGCGCCGCCCCGCUCCCCAUUGCUCCUUUCGCAGAACACCUCCAACCCAACGUACUAUUAGCUACACAUCUCCAGCAUACACAGACUGUCUCCUACUGCUGUACGGACAUUUCGUACUCAAUGACUCCAAGAAGAGAUCGGGCGACUCCGCCCCAGACUUACCUAAGUGUGUUUUCAAAAGCUAAUUGCUAACAAGGCCCCGCGCCUAUAACAAUCAUUAAGGUUUUAUAUUCAUUUUUAGAACUUCAUAAUAUUAAAAUGGAUUUGAUCUCAUAUGCAGCCACCAGUGGAAUAUAAUUAACAAACUAAUGAAGGCUAACACGGAAGAGUUGUAUGUUAUUGUUCACCUUAUAUAUUACAUUCAUAUACUUUGUACCCACGUAACCAAUGGUGCCUUAUUGAAAACUUGUUCGUUCAUUUUUGGGUUCGCAAAUAUUCGUUUCGAUUGUAUUGGACGCACUUCUUUAUGUUAUUCUCUAUGUAUCGAGUCAAUGUGAUAAGUAAGCGUCCACGAACAUUGCGACACAACAAUUAUUUGAAUUCUCACUACACAAGAAUAGAAUUCAGCGAGAUAAUCAAAACUUAGUGCUAAAAUAGUAAAAUUUUACUAUAAUUUUAAUGAUAACUGUAAAUAUAAGUUAAUUUUGUUACUUUAUAAAAUAAUUAGGUAUUAUAUUAUAGUAGUUAUUAAGUGUUGUAUGUUUAAUUCGCAAAUUGUUGCAAUAUGCGAUUAAAAUAAUGAGUAGUCAGAAUGAGGACGGACAUUAAACGAUUUUUGUCAGAGAUUUUAGUCCAAAGAUUAUUAAAUCUAAAUUCCCACCAAUUGGUAAGGAUGUGACAAAAUUACCAAAGGGACUUCUCAUCGUCUGCUUUGAAGUGAUUAUGGUAUUUGAAUUAGUUUAUCGACGAUUGUUUCCGUAACUCUACAAUAGUCCAACAACUUAACGUGAACGCUGCAACUCCGGGUGACGUCAACUUGUCGCUGAUCUCGUGGUAAGGGAUUGUAAUGUCUUACUAGUUAUGAAAUUAAAUUAGUUGUAUUAUUUUCAAUUUUUAUAGCUCCUAGCGUACACCGAAGAUAUGUCGAUAAGUUUUAUUUUGUAAAAUAUCUCUCCUCCAUCAAUAUGAUACUUGUUUCGUUUCGUGCAAUGCGGUUGGUAGGUUAGAAUUUGUGAAACUUUUUGUCUUGCUCUUUCACACGGUGCUGUUCACUCGAUUUUAAAUGUAACACAAAUGUAAAACGAUGUCUUCCCCGUAUUAACAAUUCGAUUGGUCUGACUCCAGUUCGCAUAGGUCUGUAUCUACUUAUAAUAAGACAAUAGUCUAAUAUAAUUGUGUUUUGCUCCCAUUUUUGUGCUAAUAAAUAUAUCUACACGUUUACUUGUAAGCGAAGCCAUUGUAAGUGAGACCUAUAGUAGUUACGGCCAAAUUUUUGAAUGUAUAAGUGUCGUUGUAUGUAUUGAUGGAAGAUAUAAAAUUAAAUAUAUAUAUUUACGAAAUUAUAAAUCAUUUUUUCUUUUCUUUCUCAAACACCUGUG